AUGACCGACAAACUCACACUGACACACAUUACUAAUACCUGCCAGGGGGAGGUCUUCUGGCGGGCGCUGCGCUGUCUCUGCUCUCCCGCCCUUGCGCGCUGCUGAAUGAGACCGGGCCGGAAUAUUCCAGCACCGGUCUCAUUCAGCUGUGCGCUGGGGAGCAGAGACAGCGCAGCUCCGCCAGUACAAGUCCCCCAGCGGCCGCCUUAUAAUAUGGUUAAUCCAGCCUCUCAUUGACAGCCGCUAGAGGCACUUGCGUGCUUCUCACUGUGAAAAUCAGUGAGAAGACGCCAGUGUCCAUAGGAAAGCAUUGUAAAUGCUUUCCUAUGAACUGGCUAAAUACGUGCGCGCGGCUCAUGACGUCGCUAUGGAGGAGGAGAUGAGGAGGAGAGCACCCCGCCCGGCGCUGGAGAAAGGUAAGAUUUUAACCCCUUCCUCUCCCCAGAGCCCGGCGGGAGGGGGACCCUGAGGCUGGGGGCACCCUCAGGACACUAUAGUGCCAGGAAAACGAGUAUGUUUUCCUGGCACUAUAGUGGUCCUUUAAGAUUACACUCUGAAUGUGGUUGUUAUACAGUCCAUUUCUUGAGAAGCAAAAUGCAAACACAAUAUGCACAUGUAAUAAAAGUUUAAAGAUGCUGGAAUGAAGGUGGAAGGUUAGUUGUAUGAAGAUCCUUAGAGGUAAACUUUAGAUUUAGUUAUGUUUGUAUCAAAUUAAAUUGUCUGCAAGUUAAAAUCUCCAAGCAAGGGGAUAAAUGGGUACCUGGAUGUAAAAAGAGAAAAAAGGUAAGGAAAAACUAAAGCUGGACAAACAGGGCUGUAUGCUACACUAGCAGAUUUGUGGAAACAUUGUAAAUCUUAAUCCCAAAAAUAUGUUUAGGCCAACAACCAAGCUUUUUAAGGUUAAAGACAACCCCUCUUUUGGACCACCGCCUAUAUCCGAUUUCCUUCUUUCCUCUACUUUCUGCCACUGUUAUCUUUGUUUAUUUUCUUCUAAAUCUGAUUGUUUAGAAUACAUAGCUGUCUAUUACAAGCUGUCAUGAUUCUGUCUGUCUGCCAGGUUGAGCAAGAGAAGUUGGAUAAAGUGUGGCCUAGACUACGUGUUCUGGCUCGAUCGUCACCUACUGAUAAGCAUACUUUGGUAAAAGGUAAAACUAUGUUGUAUAUACAAAAUACUGCAUUACUUUAGCUUUUCCUAGAGACAGAUUGAUAGUGUGUCUUUGUUGCAGGCAUCAUUGACAGCACAGUAGAAGAGACAAGACAAGUAGUAGCAGUGACAGGAGAUGGUACCAAUGACGGACCAGCGCUUAAGAAGGCAGAUGUUGGAUUCGCUAUGGUAUGUUAGAAUUCCAUGAUAACUUUAUUGUAUAUUUUAAAAUAAGUAAUUCGGUCUUAUGUCUUGAUAGUUCUCCCCAGUUUCCAGUGGUUAAUGUCUUAUAAUUUGCUCUUUCCAUCAGAGAGCAAGGACUCAAAAUGUUUUUUUUCUCUGACAGGGCAUUGCUGGCACAGAUGUGGCAAAAGAGGCUUCGGACAUCAUCCUGACGGACGAUAACUUUACGAGCAUUGUGAAAGCAGUCAUGUGGGGUCGCAAUGUAUAUGAUAGCAUUUCCAAAUUUCUGCAGUUUCAGCUGACUGUUAAUGUGGUGGCAGUGAUUGUGGCAUUCACCGGAGCAUGUAUCACCCAGGCAAGUGAUAGCCUUUAAUAUGUUUUCUAUUUUAACCAAACUCAUGUGAAUUCAAAUAUUCACAUUCACUAUUUUAAAUACAUUCCAAAGCAUCAUCAUUGCAAUUUUUGCAUAAAAUCAGUCUGGCGGCAGCAUUCAUUACUGACUGUCAAUGGGCAGUACAACUUCUAAAAAGAACAACUAGGAGAUUACUAGAACAUAAACAAGCUCUUAGUAGCGUCUUGUGUAAGAAAGGGGAGGAUGUGGGCAAUGUUUUUAAAGUGAAAUCGACAGAAUUUGGUAACAGAUUGGAUGUUAGGCUUAAAGGUGAGGCCAGAAUCAAAUAUAACGCCAAGACAGCGUGCUUGCAAGGAUGGGCUAAUGUGGGUGCCACUAACUUGAAGGGAGAACAAAAGAGGAGGAUUAGGAGGAGGAAAGACAAGAAGCUCCGUUUGAGAGAUUGAGUUUCAGAAAGAGAAAUUAAAGGUGACCAAGAACAGAGUCUUGGGGGACUCCAAACGAGACAAGAUGAAGGAAGGGGAGGUAUCAUUAGAAAAGGAGACACUAAAUGAGCGUGUCUGAUGCAUUGUACCAUUUUGCGUUCUGCAUCAAGUUAUCCAUGAUAACAUACUACAUAAAGUAAUUUAGGCAUUCUGUAGUUAAAACAGUGUUGAGAAAAAAAAAUCCUUAUUUCUUAGAACUGACUAUGAACUGCUAAGAUAAAAGGUAAAAAUGACCAUGUACUUGUCUCAUUUUAUGCCUUAUACCAUUUUAUUGUAAAAUGGUUCUGUAGAUAAUGCAUUGUGUAUAGUGUCAUCAAACCAGGACAAUAGUAUCCUGCAUGUAUCCUUAUGCGCCAUCUCUCCUGCAAUGUAUUGUGCCAUUCUUCUCCACUCCACAUGAUUCUAAAUUAGAAUGCCUCACUAUAAAUCUCCUCUUUUGAUUUUAUCUAAUGUACUUUUUUUUUGUCUCAAUUUCUUUUUUGUGGUUGACAACCAGGGGAGGUGGAGUUACCACAAAAUAACUGAUUCCAUUAUUUCAGUCUGGCUCCCUUUCAAAUGUUUGAAUAUAGAUGAAAGGGACACUCAAUAUACCAAAAGUGCAAUAACUCAUUUAAUGGCACAUUGUAGAUCAAAUACAUUGAUUUGUGUAAAAUGUAUACAUGUCUUGUAUUAAAUUUCCAACUCCUUUCCUGUUUUGGCCAUGAGAAAGACAGGAAACUGUUUCUCUGAAUCCUCAACUAGUACUUCAUUCAGUUAAAAAAGAAAAACUAAUUGAAAACCACUAAAGAAAGUUGACGGAGCUCUACAGCUCCAUACGAGAGAUAAGUUUAAAAAAUCUGUGUUCAUUAAAUUUUGGAGACCAGGAAUUGAACAGCUUUCUGCCAAUUCCUAGUUUCAGUAGAUCAGAUCAAAACCUAGCGCCUGGUGGGUCCCUGCUCAGAUCUAAAGCUUAACCCCUUAAGGACCAAACUUGUGGAAUAAAAGGGAAUCGUGACAUGUCACACAUGUCAUGUGCCCUUAGGGGGUUAAGUUCAUAUUGCUGUUACGAAGAGAACCUAGGCAAUUUGCAUUUCUGACUGAUUCCACCCGAAAGGAUGGGUCCAGCUCCAAAAUGCAGGCCGGCUCCUCUGCAUAAGAGCUACAGCAACCCAACAUUUUUGAGACCUGAGCGGGGACAAAAAAGGGUAAACUAUUGAAUUUGAGCUUUUAUUUUUCUUUCCCAGAAUCCUCAUAUUCUCUGUUUUUGUUGCAAUGCAAUUUGUUAGGGCACUCCCUAAGCAAAAAUGGCAAUCCAGACAUAGAACUCAUGCUCACUGUGCCUAAAGUGGUAUCAUCUACACUUUUUUGUCAAAACGAUCAUCUGGGGUUGCUGUAUCUCUCGUGCAGUGAGAAUUUGCCAGCAUUUUUAAUAAAAAGGACACUUGGCUAAAAAUGGAGGUAAAACUAAGUUUAAAAAAAAUAUCUUUCACUUAAUGUUUCAGUAUCUGAUCUACUGAAACCAGAAAUUAGAAAGUUCUGGGUUGCCUUUAUGGGUGGGGUCAGUCUUAUAUGCAAAUAGUAUAGGUACUCUUUGUAAUGGCACCAGUGAGCAAAAACCUUUUCAAGACUUGAGCGGGGACUAACUGAAGGGCAAACUAUUGCAUUUAUCCAAGCGUUUGCCUGUUCUCAUAGUAAUCAUUCUCUGUUUUUGUUAUUAAGAUGUUAAGAUUGGUUUUUUUUUUUUUGUUGUUUUUUUUUUAUAUAUAUUUAUUUACAUUAACCCUAUUUGGUGCAGGAUUCUCCACUAAAGGCUGUACAAAUGCUGUGGGUCAACCUGAUCAUGGACACAUUUGCAUCUCUGGCCCUAGCAACAGAACCUCCUACUCAGUCACUGCUCCUACGCAAACCAUAUGGACGCAACAAACCACUUAUCUCUCGCACCAUGAUGAAGAACAUACUAGGACAUGCUGUAUAUCAACUGACUAUCAUCUUCACUCUGCUUUUUGCAGGUUAGAAAUAUACUUUGAAUCUUGGUCCUCUUGGGAUAAUGUUCCUAUUCCAAGUACUCAUCAUUACUAGAAAGGUUUUAUUUUGAUUGAUAAGAUAGUGUCUAUAUAUAGCAGCCAUAUAAUCAUGUUAAUAUUUUUAUUAAUGUCCUAUUUCAAACCGGUUUUCUUUAUGUCGCUUCAUUUAAUCUGAUCUCUACUUAGGUGAGAAGUUUUUCGACAUUGACAGUGGAAGGAAUGUACCCCUACACUCACCACCUUCAGAGCACUACACUAUCGUCUUCAACACAUUUGUUAUGAUGCAGCUGUUUAAUGAGAUCAAUGCUCGCAAGAUACAUGGAGAGCGCAAUGUCUUUGACAGUAUCUUCCGUAACCCCAUCUUCUGUGCAGUGGUACUGGGUACUUUUGGGGCACAGGUAUAAACACGAAUAUAAUUAGUAGAAGUAACUAAUGAUUUUUCUCUAAAAACUGGAUUUGACUCAUUCUCAGUAUUCCAUCUAUACUGGCAAAUCACUUGGCUUUUCACUUAAAGAGAAACUAUAGUGCUAAAAAAAAAAAAAAAAAGUUGUUUUCCGAACACUAAAGUGACCUACAAUGACCUCCACCCCCAUGGUGCUGGAAGGGUUAAAAAUCUUACCUGAUUCUUAUUGCAAUGCGAUGUCCCUUUGUGCUGCAUCAGGUUCUGCCUCCUCUCCUCCACCGAUGUCAGUCGGGGAGGACCUAAUGCGCAAGUGCGGCAAGCAUCGUGCUGACAUUAGGACUACCUGAUAUGUAAACAUUGCUCGGUGCUUUCCUAUGGAAUUUCAGAUGAAGCAGCAUGUCCUCGGGCCGAGCGUGAAAGUCGACUAUCCACCCGAACGUACCUCUAGUGGCUAUCUGGUAGAAAGCCACAAGAGGUGGAGUUAACCCUGCAAGGUAAUUAUUGCAGUUAAUAAAUAACUACAAUACACCCUGUUGCAAAUUAUUAUGCAAAUGAUAUUUUUCUCAUUUAACUAAAUAAUUGAUGUAAAUAACAGUCAGCAUAAUUCUCAUUUUAUCAACUAAUAAGAGUACAAUUCAAAUUUUAUUGAACAAACCUCCUAAUGAUUACAGUAUUUUUUUUAAAACGUAAAAAACCUACAAUGCACUGUUCCAAAUUAUUACGCACAGUAAGUUUCAAAACACUUUUGUGUUUGCAGCAUAUUUACUGAAAUCAAAAGCUAUUUCAAUCAAACUUAUAACAACAUUUUAACAUAGGACCCCUUAUUUGAUAGCAGCUUCACAAGUCUUGCAUCCAUUGAAAUUGUGAGUUUUUGGACAGUUUCUGCUUGAAUUUGUUUGCAAGAUGUCAGAAUAGCCUCCCAGAGCUGCUGUUUGGAUGUAAACUGCCUCCCACCCUCAUAGAUCUUUUGCUUGAGGAAGCUCCAAAGGUUCUCAGUAGGAUUGAGGUCAGGGGAGGAUGGAGGCCACACCAUGACUUUCUCUCAUUUUAUCCCCAUAGCAGCCAUUGAUGCUGAGGUAUUCUUUGCAGCAUGAGAUGGUGCAUUGUCAUGCAUGAAGAUGAUUUUAUUAAGGAAAGCAUAGUUCUUCCUUCUGUACCAGGGAAGAAAGUGGUCAGUCAGAAACUCCACAUACUUUGCAGAGGUCAUCUUUACACCUUCAGGGACCCCAAAGGGGCCGACCAGCUCUCUUCCCAUGAUUCCGACCCAAAACAUGACUCCACCACCGCCUUGCUGACGUCGCAGACUUUUCCACCAACCAUCCACUACUCCAUCCAUCUGGACCAUCCAGGGUUGCACGGCACUCAUCAGUGAACAGGACUGUUUGAAAAUUAGUCUUCAUAUUUUUUUCUGCCCAAUGCAGCCGUUUCUGCUUGUGAGCAUUGGUUAGUGGUGGCCGAAUAGAAGGUUUAUGCACAGUUACAAGACUCUGAAGGACUCUACACCUUGAUGUCAGUGGGACUCCAGAGGCACCAGCAGCUUCAAAAAUCUGUUUGCUGCUAUGUAAUGGUAUUUUAGCAGCUGCUCACUUGAUCAGAUGCAUGGAUCUGGCAGAAAUCUUCCUCAAUGUGCCUUUAUCUGCACAAACCCGUCUGUGCUCUGAAUCAGCCACAAAUCUCUUAAUAGUGCAAUGAUCAUGCUUAAGUUUUCGUGAAAUAUCUAAUGUUUUCAUACCUCAUCCAAAGCAUUGAACUAUUUCACUGUUUUCGGCAGCAGAGAGAUUCUUUUUCUUCCCCAUAUUGCAUGAAAAUGGAGCUCUGUUUAAUAAUGUUGAACACCCUCCUUUAGUAGUUUUUCCUUAAGUUGGCCUCACCUGGCAAUCUAAUUAUCACAGGUGUCAGAGAUUGUUUUCAGUGAUCAAAAGAGCCCUGAGAUGCCAUCCAUGAGUUAAACUGAAAAACAGAAUAUUUAAUCUUUGUGACACUUAAAUAGAAUUUGCAUAAUAAUUUGGAACAGGGUGUAAUUACAAUUGCAGGGUUAAGGGGACAGUGCACCCAGACCACUUCCAUAAGCUGAAGUGGUAUGGGUGCCUAUAGUGUCCUUGUAUUGUCUCUGCAUUGUAGUAUGUGGUUUUUUUUUUGUUUGUUUUUUUGUGUGUGUCUCUUUAAUUUGUCAACUUCUCCUUGAUUACAGAUCAUAAUUGUAGAAUUUGGAGGAAAGCCAUUCAGCUGUUCGGGCCUCACUCUGUCUCAGUGGUUCUGGUGCAUAUUUAUUGGAGUUGGAGAGCUGCUUUGGGGUCAGGUGAGUCUAUCUUCUCUUCAUUUUUUUCCUUCUAAAGUUUCUUUGUUUACAUAUGGUACAUCAUCAAAUAUCUUCCUUGUAUAUCCAACUAGUUUCUAACGCAGAAAUUAUUAUUUUUUUUUUUUUUUUUUUUUUUUUUUUUACAGAAACCAAAAUAAUAUUCUUGGUGCUCAUUUUUCAAAUGUAAGAUUAGUUCACUGAUCAAGUUUACAUAGCAAUAUAUAAAACAAGAAAGUAUAAAUUCAUUAGAUUCGUAUGCAUCAAAGAGAUCUCCACUGCUUUUUUUGAGGUGUAUGCAUCUGAGGUUUGGUGGGUUGUUUUUCUUUGUUGUUGGCGUUUUUUUUUUUUUUUGUCCAAAUGAUGGCAUGACAUUCUCAAUUUGAGUCUACAUACAAGCUUUAAAAAUUAUUGCUCCAAAACUUCUCCGCUUCUUUUUUCAUCUUCAUUGUUUUUCAUAUAUCCCCUGACACUCUUCUCCUUGCAGUUGAUUUCUUCAGUCCCCACCAGCCGACUCAAGUUUUUGAAAUCGGCUGGUCAUGGUCCAAUGAAAGAAGACCUUCAGCAUGAGGAGCUCCAAGACGGCACGGAUGAAAUAGACCAUGGAGAGAUGGAGCUAAGGAGAGGCCAAAUCCUAUGGUUCAGAGGUCUGAACCGCAUACAGACGCAGGUACGUUCUAUAUUUGAGCCAUUUACCACUUUUUUUUUUUUUUUUUUAGCACCUCAUACCACCACAGAUGUCCGGCCAAUUGCUUUUUUUUUAAUAAGCUUUUUCAAUGCAUCACACAGAUGAACUAUGAACUUGUUCCAUAGAUUACCGGUCUUGCAGUAAUAGGCCAGAAAUCUCUGAAUCUGUUGAAGUAAAAUCCCUGACUUGUCAUUUUGCUUAACAGCUGAGCCAAAAAGAUAUUUUGUAUACAUGAAACAUAAAAUAUUAUAGUAAAUGGCUCCGAGCAGUCAGUACAAAGUUAAAGGACCACUCUAGGCACCCAGACCACUUCACCUUAAUGAAGCGGUCUGGGUGCCAGGUCCAGCUAGGGUUAACCCAUUUUUUUAUAAACAUAGCAGUUUCAGAGAAACUGCUAUGUUUAUAAAUGGGUUAAUCAAGCCCUCAAAUCCUCUAGUGGCUGUCUCGGAGGCGGAGAGCUCCCCGCCCGGCACGGGAGAAAGGUAAGAUUUAACCCUUUCCUCUCCCCAGAGCCUGGCGGGAGGGGGACCCUGAGGGUGGGGUAUAUUUUCCUGGCACUAUAGUGGUGCUUUAACCCCUUAAGGACUGGACUGUUUUUGCGAUGUUGUACAUUUGCGACCAGGCAUAUUUUUACACUUUUGUGGUGUUUGUGUUUGGCUGGAAUUUUCCGCUCUCUCAUUUACUGUUCCCAUACAAAUUAUAUAUUGUUUUUUUCAGGACAAAAGGGGCUUUCUUUACAUACCAUUAUUUAUAUAAUCUCAUGUAUUUUAAUUUAAAAAAAAUAAAAAAAUAUGAUGAAAAAUUGAAAAAAUACAUGUUUUUUUACUUUUACUUGAAAAAUCUUUUACUCAUCUACAAAAGCGAAUUAAAAAAAACUGCUAAAUAGAUUCAAAAUUUUGUCCUGAGUUUAAAAAUACCCCGUGUUUACAUGCUUUUUUGCUUUUUUUUGCAUGUUAUAGGGCUAUAGGUACAAGUAGAAUAUUGCGGUUUCAAAACAUAAAUUUUUAAAAUUUAUCAAUAGUGACAUUGUAACACUAUUAUCUGUCAUAAAUCUCUGAAUAACACCCCACAUGUACAUAUUUUUUUUAAAGUAGACAACCCAGGGUAUUCAAUAUGGGGUAUGUCCAGUCUUUUUUAGUAGCCACUUAGUCGAAAACACUGGCCAAAGUAAGCAUUCAUAUUUGUUUGUGUGUGAAAAAAGUAAAAAAACUAAAUUGAGCGCUAAUUUUGGCCAGUGUUUGUGACCAAGUGGUUACUAAAAAAGACUGGACAUACCCCAUUUGCAAUACCUUGGGUUGUCUUCUUUUGCAAAUGGUAUGCCAUCAUGGGGGUAAUUCUCAUUCCUGGGCUACCAUACGCUCUCAAAGGCAACGUAACCAACCUGGCCAUUUUCAAUGUAAAAAUAUUUGACCCAUAUAUUUGACCUUGUAACUUUAAAAAAUACUAUAAAACCUGUACAUGGGGGGUACUGUUUUACUCAGGAGACUUUGCUGAACACAAAUAUUAGUGUUUAAAAACUGGAAAACGUAUCACAACAAUUAUAUCAUCAGUAAAAGUGCUGUUUGUGUGUGAAAAAUGCAAAAAAAGUCACUUUCACUGACAAUAUCAUCGCUGUGAUAUGUUUUACUGUUUUGAAUCACUAAUAUUUGUGUUCAGCGAAGUCUCCCGAGUAAAACAGUACCCCCCAUGUACAGGUUUUAGGGUGUCGUAGAACGUUACAGGGUAAAAUACAGUGCUAGCAAAUUCAAUUCUCUGGAAUUUCGGCCUGGGUUGGCAGGCAGGUCCCUUAAAUUGCAAUCAAUAAAAUUACUGAAUUAUGUAAAACUAUUACAUAAAUACGCACGUAGAAUUUAAAUAUAUAUGCAUAUUUAUAUAUUUGAAGUCUACGUGUAUAUUUAUAUAAUUAUUUAUGUAAUUUUGUAUAUGGACAUAUGUAUAUUUCUUAUUAUUUUUAUUUAUUUUUAUAUACAUAGAUAUAUAUACAAAUUCAUUCUAAGUGUAUUUUGAUAUAAAUAUAUAUAUAUUAAUUUUAAAAUACAGUUAGAAUAAAAUUUCAUAUAGAUAUAUAAUUUUUUUUAUUUUUUUAUUAUUAUUUUAAAUUUUUUUUAUUUAAUUUAAAUUACUUAUUAUUUAUAUUUUAUAAUAAUAUAUAUAUACAAUAUAUAUAGUUAUUAUAUAUAUUAUAUAUAUACGUGUGUAAUUUAAUUAUAAGUGUAUUUUUAUAUUAAUAUAUGUACAUAUUAAUAUAAAAAUACACUUAGUAUGACAUUAUAUAUAUGAUAUAUAGACAUAUAUUAUAUAGAUAUAUUAUAUGUCUAUAUAUCAUAUUUAUAUACACAUAUAUCAUUUUUUUAUUUAUUAUUAACAUUAACUUUAUUUUUUUUAAUGAUUUUACACUAGCAGGGAGACUGCCUGUCAGCACAGACAGUCCCCCUGCAGGCAGCACUAUGGACACCUAUUGUGACCAUGUGAUCGCUGUGUUGAGCGAUCACAUGGCCACAGGGGUCCUAAUUCAGUGUGGGGAGACUGUCUGGGCUGCAGGCAGUCUCCCCCCACCGGGAGCCACGCUGAUCGUCGCCGGGGGAACGACGGCGAUCAGGUAAGUACCCCCAGACCGUUAGGACGGUUCAGGACCGUCAUCGGUCCUCAAGGCAAAAAUGCCGAUGACGGUCCUGAACCGUCCUCGGUCACUAAGGGGUUAAGCAUGUGUUAGACAUCCGCAUUCCCAUCAUUACUAGUUUCUCUAUAUAAAUAUUUUCGUUGCCGCACAAUUUUAAAUUUACAAAGAUAUUCACUAGACCCUAAUUUUUAGGUAACAAAGAAAAAAAUUCUAAGUUUUGGAAAUAAGCCUGUGAAAUAGAUCUUUGCACAAUGCAUCACCCAAAUCUGUAUGUUUAUACUUUUUAUUUUCAAACAAAUGUAGGUUGUCUUUUUUUUUUUUUUGGUAAAUUUUGUGUUUACUGGGGAGUUGUUUUUUUGUUGUUUUUGGUUUGGUUUUUUUUACAUCUCCAUAUAUUUGUAAACAGUACACCACUGAUGUUCUAUAAAUGUGUUUGUUUUUAUUUUUUUUAAACUUUGAGGAUUCAAGGAUUACAGAGUCACAAAAAACAACAACUUUAUUUACAAUGCUUUAUUCUAUUUUGUUUAUUUGUUUUUAUUUGUUCUCACAUUGACAACAAAAGGGCUAAAUUUGGUAUCUUAAUUAAAGUUAGUGGGAAUAUCAGCCAUUUCCCAAAACUCAGUGAGAAUUGCUAUUUAAUAGUCUAUGUUUUCUUAAUAUUACAAUGCAAUAAAGAUUGUUAAUUAAGGGAUCUGGAUGAUAUUAGGAGGAUGACUUUCUUCUGGAUAAGAUCCCACCGCUUUAACAAGUGAAUCUAGAUACGUUGGUUUGAUGGAAUUUGUACUACACAGCUAUGCUCACCCUUUGAAACUUUGCUUUAAAGGCCUGCUGGUAUCUUACUGUUCUUUCGUCUUUGAGCGAUGGGAUAACACCAUUGUUUUGUUAUUCUUUGUUUCAAUUUCUCAUAUAUGUUUAAAAGAGUCUUUAUUCCAUUCUAAACAAUCGCUAUUUUAUAUGGCAUUAAAAUUUCUUUCCUCUAUUUGCCCCUAAUGUGUCCCAUUUUCUAAGUCUCCGCCUUACUGUGAUUUUUAUUUAUCACUCUUUAUCAUGAAAUAUGAUGAUCUUAAUAUAUCUUGCUCAUUUCCCUCUCUUCUCUCAUUUUCUGUAUCCUUCCUCCUCUUUCUGACUUUAGUGUGUCUCCCUCUGAUUCCUUACAGAUGGACGUAGUUUAUACAUUCCAGACGGGCGGUACCUCUUUACAAGGGGCUUUGAGGCGCCAGCCUUCCACCAUUAGCCAGCACCUCGAUGCUAAACAUGUCUCUAGCCCAACACACGUAGCUCUCUCCUCUGCUACCUCUCCCCCAGCCACUUCUGCUGCUGCUACUUCUGUGGGCAGUGAGUUCAACACUAUUACAAUGCAUGCUGUGCACUUCGGCUGCUGGUCACUGCUCUAUCUGUCUGUUUCUUAACACUGUCCCUUUCCAAAUAACUUAAUCAUCUAACAAAGGCACGGAUUUGACCCACCCUGGUGAUGGGGAACUUUUCUUUCCUUUUUUUUUUUUUGUAUCUUUUUUUUUUUUACAUUUAUUCUUUUAAGUUUAUUUUUGUUUGUUUGUUUUUUUCUUUCUUCUUUUCUUUGCAGGUGGCAGACCCGCUUACAUAAACACUGCAAAAGCACACUUUUAAUAGGGAAUAAUGUCCUAGUGCAGUAAAACAAGGCAAAAUGUAACAUUCCAGUUUUCAUUAAAAUUAGUCAUUUCAGAUGAUUAGGGAGUUAGUAUUUAUUUUGGUUUAUUUUUCUGUUUAUAGCACAGUCCCGGUACAACCUAAGAAUUAUUUUGGGUAUUUGAGAUAAGUACAUUUAUCCAAAUAAAUAUAUACCCAAAUAAUGUGGCCAAUGUCAGGCGGCUAUAGGAAAAAAAGCACAGGACAUUUAAAUAGAUGAAGGUAUCCUCUAUUACAGCCAACAAAUAGGUGAAAUUACACCAAAUAGUGUAGAGUUUCCAAGACUGGGUCAAAAGUGUUGCCUUUUUGGCCUUAUUAAAGAAUCCAUCUAUUUACUGUGAAGUUUGUGCUGCUAAUUUUUUAGCACUGGUCUCCCGUUCUGAUUUCCAUCGGCUAUUGCCUUCAGCAUCGAAAGGCUGGUAUUCAAAAAUAUAGUAAAAAAAUAUAUUAAAAUAUGUGCAAUGGUCCAAUGGUAGCAACAUGUAAGGGAUCUGCACUAAAAAUCAGUGGGUAAAAAUUGUUGUUUUAUUGUACCCAUGUCAUAUUUGUCGUAUUUAGUGUUUUGCCUCUUUAUAAAUUAUUGACAAAACUCCACCUAGAAAAUGCUUAGCCAUUUUUGUUAUCACUUCCAAAAAAUAACAUGAUGGAACUGUGAAUUGAAAAUGUUGAGGCAUGCUACAUAAUCAUUUCCAAUGCAGAUUUUAGUCUAGAAAGUUUAGAAAAUAAUAUAUAUACAGAAGGCUGUUUGGUCACCUGUUCAUUAACAGGACUGUACAAAGGACACAUGACUUAAGGAGUUUUCUCCUGUAACGGUGCAACGGCUGCUGUCAAAAAAACAUAUGUCAUAAAGAAUAAAGAUAUAAUCCACUCACGAGAGAGGCUGUCAUACUAUACAUGCUUUAAAAAGGACCAGAUGUUUUGUUUUUUCCCCAAAUUUUUAUCGAAGCUUACUAGGAACAAGUAAUGUGAGAAUUAAUUAGGUAAUCAAAAUUAGUUAAUUUAAAGUUUUAACUACCAAAAUCUUGUUUUUGUACCCUUGCUAUUAAAUGCAUAGGUAACACUAAUAAUUUUUAUUUAUUUUGCAUUCAUUAUGCACGCAGCUUUGGUUUCCCUUUUAUGCUUAGCAUUGAUGCAAUACCGACACACUGUGGCAAUAACUGAGUACGGUUCUGCUAUAAACCUUGUACUAACACAUCGGCAAUGCUUCUUUCAGCAUUAAUUCAACAUCAAAUUUCACAGGCAUCUUGGAUUCAUGUAUAUCUUUACUAUGGAGAUUGUUCCUUAAAAAAAAAACUUGUGUCCUGCAAAAAUAUUUAAUCCCAGUUGCGCCACAGUGCAGUUUCAAUAUUUGGCUGAAUGUCUGCAUGGGAAUGUAAUGAUGCCUGCAAUAUGUGCAUGCUUGCUAGUCUAGUGUGGUUCUGAUUAUUGUGUGAUGUGCAGAUUAAAGGUGCAGACCCUCUUAUAACCAAACAUGUCCUUUGCAAACUUGUUCACUUACUUCAUUGUGGAUAUUUAUAACUUAUCAGGUGGCUGAUUUUUAUUUUGGGGCAAGAGGGAAAAAAAAGGAAGAACAUCACUUAUUCGUGUUAAUAAAUUGUUUAAUGUAUGUAGGCAUAAAGAGAGAAGCUUUUUUGCCAUAAUAAAAAUCAGCACCCAUUGUACUGGCUUUCCACCUGCAGUUUCCCUUUCAGUGAGAGGGCUACACGUGGAUGUCUUUCUUAUAGCUUCUCAUCCUUUAAAUCUGAGAAAAGGAUGUUGUGAUUAUAACUGUGAAUUCUAAGAGCUGACUGGGACUGCAACUUUGAUGCUUGACUGUAUAUACAUUGGUGGUUUGAGGAUUUUCUCAUGCCAAAGCUAUCUCUAUCCUUAUGUGGUAUGACUGUGUUUUCAGUGCACAGAUUUAUUUUGAAUUUGUGUUUGGAGGGCAAAAUUGCCUUGAUUUGUUUUGUUUUUGAUGGAUUUGUAUUCUGUGUGGUUUUGUGAUUUUGAUUUUGUUUUUUUGUGUCAUGGAUUUUAUUUUUAUUUUAAAAUGCUCAUUUUGAAUUAAUCCAUUAAUCCCUUCCUAUCAAAACAUUUCAAAAAACCUAUUAAAAUAACAAAAACACAAAAAAAUCUCUUCAGGGUGCUGUUCUUGAUGUCAUGAAAAAAGCUGCUGCCCAAAAUAUCAUUUUAUUUCACUCUCUCUGAUCGAAGUCUCAGACCAGCGAAGAUUCACCUGCAAUCUUUUUAAAUUCCAUUUGUUAUUUAUGUUUACUUAUUUUUAUUUGUCCAGUGGGUGCCAAGAAACUAUUCUUCUCUUUGUAUAUUUCUGUUCUCUUUCUUCCACUUUUGUUACAUUCCCACUUUCCUCUUCUGUUUCUCUCAUUUCUGUCUUCUAACCUUGCUCCUUCAGUCCUCUAAUCGCUGUAAGUCUCUGAAGCACUCUUCCAUUAUCUCCUUAACCUGUUGCCUCCCCCAUUAAUACUUUCUUCUUCUUUUACCCAAAACAGAUUAAAGUGGUGAAUGCGUUCCGCAGCUCCCUGUAUGAGGGGCUGGAGAAGCCACAGAACCGCAGUGCCAUCCAUAGCUUCAUGACUUACCCGGAGGCGGGAUCUGCCCCCUCGCUCACAGACAGCGACAGCGAGGGUGAGGAAUCUCGGGGUCUCCUUAAAGGACGCGACGACCAGACGCACAACCAUAACAACAACUCCUCUACAGAACAGCGUCCACUGGAUAUCACAGUGUCGCCAUAUGAAAGCCCCAUGCACAGCGUGGAGACCUCCAUUUGA